AUGAAUAAAGAUAACCGUAGUCUUCCAUCGCCAAAUAAUAAUUCUUUAGCUAAAAAAUCAAAAUCUGUACCAAAUACACCAGAAACUGAAACAAUGGACAAUCAUUUGUUACAAAGUAUUAAAGAAACAUUUACAAAUUCAUCGUUCAUUGGUGAAAUGACAAAUUUACUACUCAAUUCGGAUGUCCUUCUCAAUACGCUUACAACUGUUGUUAAACAAGUGUGUCAGAAACAACAACAACAAAUUGAUUUUUUAACAUCUGAAUUGAAGGAAGUUAAAACACAACUGGUUGAAGUUCAGUUUCAAAUGAAUGACCAUCAACAAUUGUUAUGCCAGUUGCACGACUGA